AUGCACAUCCUCGUCACAAACGACGACGGCCCGCCGUCUCCAGAGUCAUCCCCCUACGUCCACUGCCUCGUCAGACAGCUCCAACAGGCCGGCCACACCGUCUCCGUCUGCUUGCCGCACACGCAGCGCUCAUGGAUCGGAAAGGCCUACAUGAUCGGCCAGACCCUGAAGCCGCUCUACUACCGGCCAGGCACAGCCGUCCACGACGCCUCCAAAGGCACUCUCCAUCAGCGGCCCUCCCCUACCAACCAAGUCGAGGAAUGGAUCCUCCUCGACGGAACGCCCGCCUCCUGUGCGCAGAUCGGCCUCUACCACUUCUUCCACGACAAAGGCCCCGUGGACCUGGUGGUCAGCGGACCAAACUACGGCAGAAACUCGACGGCCGUCUACGCCCUCAGCUCGGGAACCAUCGGCGCCGCCAUGGAAGCCGCCGUGUGUCGGAAAAAGUCCAUCGCCCUGAGCUUCGCCAUCGUCUCGCGACAAGACCACCACGCCCCGGCCGUGAUUGAAGCCGCGUGCCGGCACGGCGUCAAGGUUAUCGAGGCCCUGUACAAGCAGUGGCCGCAGGACGGCAGCGUGGACCUGUACAGCGUCAACGUGCCGCUGGUGGAGGGCGUCGAGGCUCGCAAGACCGUCUUUGCCGACAUGCUUCAGAAUAAGUGGGAGGGCAGCUGCUUCGAGGAGGUCGAGGACGAGGCGGACACGGACAUGGAGGAGGCUCGUAUUCGAGAGGGCCCCGACGGCGAAGCAGGCAGGGACGGGAGCUGGGUUCCUGGGACUGGCCACUUGCACAGGCAGUUCAAAUGGUCGCCGAGGGUGGCCGACGUGCGCAGGAGUGUGGACGAGUCUGAACCUGGUAAUGAUGGCUGGAUCCUGAAGCAAGGCCACACAAGGUAG